GCUGUGGAGAAUACAUGACUUGCUGCUUUACACCAGUGGUAGAAGAAGCUCCUAUGACAAAUUUUACAAGUGAAAAUGAACAUUUAAAUCUGGAGCUUUUAGUGAACCUACGUGCUUUGAUUGCACAUCAUAUGCCUAACAGGAUCAACACAUUCUUUCAACUGGUUGGUAAGCACAUUCUCAGUGAAUCUGAUAACACUAAGAGGGAAUGGUAUCUCGAUAAAUUGAUGGCAGAGCUCGAACAGCAUGAAAUCCACCUAUUUUACCAAUCGGCAUGUGAGAUGAUUCAAGCUGAAUCUGAUAAUGUGAAAUACCUCAAAAGAUUAAUGAGCCUUUCAAAUGAGAAACUGGCAGAAAUAAUUGCAGCGGAAGGCCAAAUCAUGGACAUAUGUAAGGAAGACAAUGCCUUAUCUGUUAUUAGCAUCUUGCAGAUGAAUGUUUGUGUUGCCAGUUCACUCGGCCCACAGUUUUUCCCACAAAUUUCACAUGUCUCCUCUGAUAUGUUGAAGCUGUAUAGCUUGUGCAGCGAACUGAUAUCAAAACAACUCGUAGAUGAGGGCUCUGAAGAUGGGCCACUUGCUUUGGAAUUACAAUGUUUAAGAUCUGUCAAGAUGGAGAUCUUGAAAUUAAUGGAAACUGUUGUGGUCAAGGCUGAAGAUUUACCACAGCUGCAAAAACAGUUUGUUCUUCCAUUAGUGGACUCUGUACUCUCUGAUUAUAACCGAGACACAAUAGAGCAUGAAGCUCUGUCCUUAUUUUCAACGAUUAUAAUCAAGUUCUCAAGUGAUAUGCUGGAGGGGGUAUCUCGAAUAUUUGAUGCUGUUUUCCAGGAUACUCCUGAGGUGCAGAUGCAGAUCAACAAAAAACCGGAGCACUGUUCUAAUCUCUUUUCCUUGCUUCAAGUGUUUGUUACACACUGUUUCCAAGUAUUGACAGAUAAUUCAUGUGAGCGAUUAAACCAUGUUAUGGAUUACAUUAUUUGGGCACUACAGCGGAGGGAGAUAAACAUUGUUGAGACUGUCCUGUGCCUGUUAUUGGAUGUACUACAGAACGUUCAGGCUUCAGGGUUCCAAAACCAAUUCUACAAAACAAAUCUCUUGAGAAUUGAGCAAACGAUACUCACUAUUCUUAUGGGCAUGCCCAACAAUUCUUGUUCUGAACGUCAUGUUUCUGUGCUACAACAUUUGUUUAAUGCGGUUGAUGUUCUGACUGAACCCCUUAUCUCAUCCACACAAUGCAACAUGAUGUUUGUUCAAGACUGUACUAUAAAAUUUCUCAGUUCAGCAUUUCCUGGCAUGACAGAUAAAAUGGCACAGAAAUUUGUUGAUGGACUUUUUAAUUCAAAAGGUGACGACGCGGGCUUUCUUAACCAUACAAGGCAAUUUCUAGCUCGCUCAAAGGAGACCUGCACGCAGGUCACACAGGAGCAGAAGUCUGUUGAUGGAUCUUUUAGUCCAAGAAAUGACCUUGCAGACCUUAGUUGCCUUGCAAGGGAUUCAGCGGAGCCCUCUGUGCAGGUUUCUGUCCCACUUGCGCAGACUGCCCCAUCAUGGGGCACCACUUCUAUAACUCAUUUUGGCACCCUUGAGGCUAACUUUUCUGGAGUAACUUUAAAAUGGAAGCCACUAGUAAUUGGGAAGCCACUAGUAAUUGGGACCGACGAGACUCAUGGGGGUGAUUGGACUGUAGUAACUUCAAAAAGGAAGGCACACAGAUUUAAGGUGUCUGACUCAUCAUCUAACACUGCCUUGGAAAGUCUAUCAUCCACAGCUUCUGCUUACAAGUUGUUUCCAUCUGCAGCGAAUGCUGGCACCUCCAGUGUGGUACCAUUCACUGAAUUUAUUAAAUUGCCUGGUAAUGCAAUAACCGCAAAACAUACAAUAUUUUCUGGUGCAAAUUCCAUGGAGGUUGAUGAAACAACAUUGAUAGGAAGAAGAGCAGUGACUUCUUAUUUGCAUAAAAUGACUGUAGAACAUGCACUGGGUAACAGUUGGAAUGGGACUCUCCAAAAGAAAGAUUUUGUGGUAGUCGAUGACUCAGAGUUUAUGAUAUGGAAACCAACCGUUGUGAGUUCUUCUCCAGAUGCAUUACUGAAGGACUAUGGGAAUUUUGCCAGCGAGUUCCUUCCCUUGUUUGGGGAAGCUGCUCUUUUCAAGGCUCUUGGCAACUCUCUGAGAAAAUUCAGGCCUCGACAUUUUACUCGGGAUUUGGCUAGAAAGUUUAGAUUUUUUACGAUGACACAUCUUUCAAUAAAAUCAGCAAUGAUCAGGUCGCAAUUUUGGACCGAGCUGGGAAGGGUCCAUAGGUUUCUAAGCAAAGAAGGAAGGAAUGCAUUAUCAACAGCUCUGAGGGGUUUCACGGUACAGGUGCCUGAUUGGAGAUAACUGGUAAAAAAGAAUCCGACCCUCCUUGAGGUUUACAUCUUAGGGAAGAGAAAGAGAAGAAGAAAGAGAAGAAGAAAGAGAAGAAGAAACAGAAGAAGAAAGAGAAAAAGAAGAAACAG